AUGAUCAGCUCGGUGUGUGUUUCGUCGUACCGCGGGCGCAAGUCAGGCAACAAACCUCCUUCCAAAUCAUGUCUGAAGGAAGAGAUGGCCAGAUGCGAAGACUCGGACAAAAUCAUCAUCAACGUCGGCGGAACGCGCCACGAAACCUACAGGAGCACCCUGAGGACCAUACCGGGCUCCAGACUCGCCUGGCUCGCGGACACGGACAGCCAGGUGAACCCGGACGCAGACACCGGGCAGACGCACCCGAACAGCGAGUUCUUUUUUGACCGACACCCUGGCAUAUUCGCCUAUGUGCUGAACUACUACAGAACUGGCAAGCUCCACUGCCCGGCGGAUGUGUGCGGCCCUCUGUUCGAGGAGGAGUUGGCGUUUUGGGGCAUCGACGAGACGGACGUGGAGCCCUGCUGCUGGAUGACCUACCGCCAGCACAGGGACGCAGAGGAGGCGCUGGACAUAUUCGAGCCGCCGGAUCCUGAGGACGCGGAGGAUGACCAGGACAUGCCCAGACGCUUUGGCAUUGAGGACAGCCCCGACCGCUCCAGGGGAUGCUGUGAAGUUUGGCAACCAAAAAUAUGGGCGCUCUUUGAAGAUCCCUAUUCUUCGCGUGCAGCCAGGGUAAUAGCCUUCGUCUCUCUGUUUUUCAUCUUGGUGUCCAUCACUAACUUCUGCCUAGAGACCCACGAGGCCUUUUUUGAGUUUCACAAUCACACCGAUACAAAAUCAGCCACCAACAGCACCACCAUCAUCCAGGUUAUGGAUACCAAACCAGUGCUCACAGUGGUGGAGGGAAUCUGCGUGGUGUGGUUUACCUUUGAGUUCCUGGUCCGCAUCAUAUGUUGCCCAAACAAGCUCCUGUUCAUUAAGAACCAGCUGAACAUCAUAGACUUUGUUGCCAUUCUGCCCUUCUAUCUGGAGAGGAGUUUGAUUGGAAACACCUCCAAAGCUGCCAAGGAUGUCCUGGGGUUUCUGCGCGUGGUCCGUUUUGUCCGAAUCUUACGGAUCUUUAAGCUCACGCGACACUUUGUGGGUCUCAGGGUUCUCGGGCACACCUUGAGAGCGAGCGUCAAUGAGUUUUGCUUGCUCAUCAUCUUUCUUGCUCUCGGGGUGCUCAUCUUCGCCACCAUGAUCUACUACGCCGAGCGUAUCAGCGCAGAUCCGGACGAUCCUAGUGGCUGCAACCACACGCAUUUCAAGAACAUUCCCAUCGGCUUCUGGUGGGCAGUGGUCACCAUGACGACACUUGGUUAUGGGGACAUGGUUCCUAAGACGUGGCUCGGCAUGAUAGUGGGUGCGUUAUGUGCUAUAGCGGGCGUGCUUACUAUCGCCAUGCCGGUGCCUGUUAUCGUUAACAAUUUUGGUAUGUACUACUCGCUGGCUAUGGCCAAGCAAAAGCUGCCCAAGAAGAAGAAGAAGCACAACCCAAACCCAGGUAUGGUGUUGGACUCUGGCUCAUUUGGGAAGUCUGAAAGCAACUCGCCACGGAACAGCACACAGAGCGACACAUGCCCACUCGCUGCGGAGGAAAACAUCACAAGAAACCGCUCAGAUUCAAAGCAGAAUGGCGACGCUACCGUAACUCUUUCAGAAGAGGAGGGCUGCAGUCUGACCCAACCGCUCUCUCCUGGCGAGAGGUGGACCCUCCGAUGUUCACGCAACAGAGACAAGACCAUGAAGGAUGCAACCUGCUUUCUUCUGAAUUCUGGGGACUUUUCUUGUGGAGCUGAACCCACAAUCCACACAGAGAGCUGUAAAGAUGCGCUCACUUCUCCAGCAAACUACACUCAAGCAGAAGUGACCACGCUGACCUGA